GUCUACCAAAACGAAACCCCAUUGAUGACCCAGCGGUACAGUCAGACAGUUCCGAAACCCGCCAGGUUUACCUCCCCUGCGCCUGAGAAGUUCGAAGGUUCAGUCACCGUUCAGUGCCUUGGAUUCGGAAGGUCUUGGGUCAGCAUUGCUUCCUGCAACUUCGAGCAUUUGCAGAGCAAUUCUAAUCACUGAAAUUUUCAAUUCCUCUGUUGUACCAAGCGGUCCUCUCUCUGCAGCUUUUAGAAUUUUCACAGAGGAAAUCAUGGCUUCCGUUGCGUGCACCAGCGCGGUCUCGACGUCUUUUGCCAGCUUGUCCGCCACUAAGAUUAGCCGGACCGAGUUCGCUGGGGCCUCUCUCCCCUCCCUGCACAGAGGAGCUGCUCGCGUCUCGUGCAACUUCAAGAAGACCGUGACAAAGACGCCCUACGGACCCUCUGGCAACACAAAGUUCAAGGAUGGAAAGGAUGCGGGAGGCAGCCCGGCUAAGGGCAAGGGUGUUUACCAGUAUGCCAAGAAGUAUGGCGCAAAUGUUGAUGGAUACAGCCCUAUCUACACCCCGGAGGCCUGGUCCACCAGCGGAGACACUUACUCACCAGGCGCUGGUGCUCUUGCCCUGUGGGCUCUGCUUUUCGCCGGGCUUCUAGCAGGAAGCGCCGCUCUUAUCAUCGGCACUAGCGCGUUGUAAGUUGGGGUUUGUGGGGAAAGGGGUUCUUUCGGACCGUUCCAAGUUGGCAAGUAAGCUGACUGAAUGGUCUGAUUAGAUGUAAUUUGUAACCAUGUACAAAGUGUUGGGGGAAGAGUUGUCAGGCGUGAGUUUGUGUACGAACAGCUCCGGUUCACAUUGACCCUCGUCUAGUUCCUACCUGGCUCCACCUGAAGCACAGCGAGCGUCACUCAAACCGUCCAUGAAACGUUGUUUGAGGUUCAGCAGAUUUCCGGGGGUUCGUUGGGAAUGAUCAAAUAAGCUGAUACGUGUUCCAAUGUCCAUCCUCUGAUCUCUGGUCGUAAACUUGGCUUUCGCGCCAGUUUUGCCAAAUCAAGUUCAACGCAGAAAUCAUUUACUUGGACUCACUCAUAAAUGACAUACUUGCACAAAGUGUGGAAGCGGGUCGAGC